AUUAGGGAAGAGAGGAAAGGAAGAACACUAGAUUUUCACACAGAUAGUCUCUUAGAUCCGCUCUUAAUUAUUAAAUUAUUUGUUAUUAUUGGGUUUUGCGAUGAUGGAGUUUUAAAAAAAAAUGGCAGCGAGCACCGUGCCACGGCGGCUUAAUAUUUAUUAUUAGUUUGUAGUACUCUUGAGUUUGUCUUUGCACCUCUGUAAAACCGGGUGCUUGUUCCUUUUUUUUUCUUUCUUCUUCUUCUUCUCUCCUUUUUUUUUCUAUUUUGGGUUUGUAUAUGUUUAUUAGUUGGGGAUUACGGAUUGGAUUUGGAUUAGCUCUCUCUUUUCUUUUUUGGGUUUUGUUUAUUAUAAUUCCAGUAUAAAAUGUGUGAAGUACUGUAACGCAAAAGAGAGCUGAACUGUCCUCUGUAUUAAGCCUCUUGACUGAGAGAGAGAGCCGGCCACACUCUGCAUGACUGGGGAAGAAGAAAGAAAAAAACAGAGCGGAGGAGAAGAUCUGAUUAUGGGUCUCUGACUUUUGAUUUGUUAUCUGGGAAAUUUUUUUUUCGUUUCUCCAGGUACGGCUCCUUCUUUUCACAACCUGCAUUUCUUCUUCUCCUUCUCCUUCUUCUGGGUAGGUUGGAUUCUUCUAGCAUGUCCAUUUCUCUGUUUCUGGAUGGGGAAAUGGAGGAAGGAGGAAGGACGAAAUUUAAAAGAAAAAGAAAAGGGUUGAAGCCGGCUGGUUGGCUUUAUGGCAAGUGGAAAUGUUUCCUUCCGUUUCCACUUGUACUGGGUCUUCUUCUCCGUUUUUUAUUUUAUUUUUUUAUAUAAUUCUGCUUAGAUUGAGGGAAAAUGCCGUCUUCCUUCUAUUGCGAGCGAGCUAUCCAAGUUUGCGUUUUCCUUUUUGGCUGUAAUGAAAAAGAGGGACAAUUCGUGGAAUGGUAGCAGUUUGAUAAGGCAGAUGUUAUGCCGUGUAGUUAUGAACUUGGGGAAAAAUCUUUCUGGUUGGCAAUUGGGUUGGAUUCAAUGCUUCUUAGAUCCCCAAUUUUGGUAUUGCUUAAAUUACAAGGAUUACUGUUCUGGUUUAUUUCUUUCUUUUGGAAUUGGAAUUCUAAAAAGGUUUUGCCUUUUUCCUUGUCAGGAGGUGGAAAAGGUGAGGAAUUGAAGGGCGGGUGGGAGAUUUCCUCUUCUUCUUCUUGAUUGAUUCUUCUUCCUUUCUAGCCGCCAUAGUCAAAACUGGGUAGCUGCUGCCUGCUGCUAUUCUGAUCGUAACUAUACCGUUGAAAGAUUCGAACUUUGGACUGCCUUUGAUUUUCCCCAAAUGGAUUGAAACAAAGCCGGCAGCCCAAUCUGGCCGCAAUGUUCAAAUCAUUAUCUCCUGGGCUGCUGCUGCUGCUGCUGAUAACUUUUCUCCUCUUCUCGGCAUCCUCCGUCGCCGCUGACAGCGACAACGGCUACCCGAGAUGCAACUGCGACGACGAGGGCAGCUUCUGGAGCAUAGAGAGCAUCCUGGAGUGCCAAAGGGUUGGAGAUUUCUUGAUCGCCGUCGCCUAUUUCUCAAUCCCGAUCGAGUUACUCUACUUCAUCAGCUGCUCCAACGUCCCAUUCAAAUGGGUCCUCGUCGAAUUCAUUGCCUUCAUUGUCCUCUGCGGGAUGACCCACUUGCUCAAUGGCUGGACUUACGGCCCGCACACUUUCCAGCUCAUGGUUGCAGUCACUGUCUUCAAGAUCCUAACUGCCUUGGUCUCCUGCGCCACGGCCAUCACCCUCUUCAGCUUGAUCCCUUUGCUGUUGAAAGUCAAGGUCAGGGAGUUCAUGCUCAAGAAGAAGACUUGGGAUCUGGGUAGAGAAGUAGGGAUGAUAAUGAAGCAGAGAGAGGCUGGUCUCCAUGUCAGGAUGCUUACCCAGGAGAUCCGGAAAUCACUGGAUCGACACACCAUUCUGUACACUACACUUGUUGAGCUUUCCAAAACCCUAGGGUUGCAGAACUGCGCGGUUUGGAUGCCUAAUGAGAUGAGGACCGAGAUGCAUUUGACACACGAGUUGAAUGGGGGAGAUUAUGGCAAUGCGGAGAGUUGUACGAUACCGACAUCUGAUCCUGAUGUGGCGAGGAUUAAGGGCAGUGAUGGCGUUAACAUACUAAGCCCUGACUCGCCUUUAGCUGCUGGUAGCUUCGGCGGGGUUUCUGGCGAGCAUGUGGGUCCCGUGGCUGCAAUUCGGAUGCCAAUGCUUCGUGUCUGCAACUUCAAAGGUGGGACUCCUGAGAUGAUCCAAGCUUGCUAUGCAAUUUUGGUGUUGGUUCUGCCAGGUGGUGAUCAGCCUAGGUCUUGGAGCAAUCAAGAGCUUGAGAUAAUUAAAGUAGUGGCUGAUCAGGUGGCUGUGGCUCUUUCCCAUGCUGCUGUCCUCGAAGAAUCUCAGCUCAUGAGGGAGAAACUGGAGGAGCAGAAUCGAGCAUUGCAGCAGGCAAAGAUGAACACUUUAAUGGCCAGUCAAGCUAGGAAUGCUUUUCAAAAGGUCAUGAGUGAUGGAAUGAAGAGACCUAUGCAUUCGAUUCUGGGGUUGGUGUCCAUGAUGCAAGAUGGAAGUUUGAAAAAUAGCGAGCAGCAGAUAAUUGUAGAUACGAUGAUGAAAGCUAGCAAUGUGCUGUCAAUAUUGAUAGACGAUGUGAUGGAAAUUUCGACCAAGGAUAGUGGGAGGUUUCCAAUGGACACCAGGUCUUUCGGGCUGCAUUCAAUGAUCACGGAAGCAGCUUGCCUUGCCAAGUGCCUGUGUGUGUAUAAGGGGUUCAGCUUUUCAAUGGAAGUUGACAGGUCAUUGCCUGAUCAUGUGAUGGGAGAUGAGAGGAGGAUCUUUCAAGUGAUUCUUCAUAUGAUUGGCAAUCUUCUGGAUGGGAAUAGUAGAGGGGGAUCUGUGCUGCUUCGGGUUGUUGCUGACAAUGGGAGUCAGGAGAGGAAUGAUCAGAGAUGGGCCGUGUGGCGACACAGCCCUUCUGAGGGCGAUGUAUCUAUUAGAUUCGAGAUUGGAAUAACUUCUGGUGGUUCUGAAGCUGAGGCAUCCACUUCAGCUAUGCAGCUCGGUGGUCGAAGAUACACCAGUGAUGGAUUUGAGCAUGGCUUGAGCUUCACCGUUUGCAAAAAGCUUGUCCAGAUGAUGCAAGGCAACAUCUGGGUAGUCCCGAAUAACAAAGGAUUCGUCCAGAACAUGGGACUAAUUCUACGAUUUCAACUCCGGCAAUCGAUCAGCCUGACCAUCUCCGAACCAGGCGAAUCAUCUUCAGAGCACCCGAAUUCCAACUCCUUCUUGAGAGGCCUGCAGGUGGUCUUGGUCGAGUCGGAUGAUCUGAACCGGAGCGUCACACGCAGGCUGCUGGAGAAGCUCGGAUGCUCGGUCACCCCUCUCUCGUCGGGAUACGAGUGCCUCAGCUUCAUCGGCCCAGCCACGUCUACCUUCCAGGUCGUGCUCCUCGACCUGCAGCUCCCGGACCUGGACGGGUUUGAAGUCGCGGCCAAGAUCAGGAAGUUCAGGAGCCGGAGCUGGCCGUUGAUCCUGGCGAUGACGUCGAGCGGCGAAGACGACUUGUGGGAGAAGUGCAUGCAGAUGGGGUUGAAUGGCGUGAUCAGGAAACCGAUUAUGCUGCAAGGGAUUGCGAAUGAGCUGAGGAGAGUGGUUUUGCAGGCAAACAGAGUGCUGUAACAGCAGGAGCUCAGUUUUAAUUAAAUGAGUGAAGCCUAGUAUUGUAAGGGUACAGACUACAGAAGAAAGAAAGAAAAAAAAAGAAGGGAAAGGUUCAGCAUUUUGGUAAUCCGUCCACAGGAGAGUGGAUGAGCCGUGUAUUUUUCCCUCUAGCAUAGAGAAAUUAAUGUCUAGAUAUAUACACAGCGUAACAUUUUACAGUAACAAAAAAAAAAAAUCCAAAUGAUUAUAAAGAGAAUUUUAGCUGCCUCGAUCUCUAAUCAAAAGUAUGUCUGAUUCGAAUUCGAACUGUCAUCUUGAUUUUUUUAAAAGAGAGUUCGUGGAAUGAAAACGAAGAAAUUACGGAAG